CGCCAUCUCAUUUUAGCCCUUUCCAAUUCAAAUUCGCAGCUCGCAGCCAACUAACCCCCUCUCUUCUACAACCCUUCAAUCAAACCCUUCUCUCUCUAUAUCUACACUCAGAUACAGACACACACACUUUCUCUCUCUAUAUCGACAAUGAAGAGAGGUGCAAAGAGAAAGGGGAGCCAGAAGGACAAAGCUCCUGCGGAGGCGAAGGAGAAGAAGACCACGAAGAGGAAGCAGCAGAGCAAAUCCGCGGAAGAGAAGGAAAACGAACCGGAGCCGGAGCCUAGCCAGUCGGCGGAGGAGCAGAGCCAAUCUGCUGCUCAGGAGGACAAUGACAAGGAAGAGCCUAGCAAGUCUUUGGCUGAGGGCGAGCCCAGCAAAAAACCUACCAAGCCUCGAGCUAAACGAGCUAGGACUUCCAAACAGGACACUGAAACCGAGUACUUCCCCGAGAAGCGCAAUUUGGAGGAUCUAUGGCAACAAGUUUUCCCUGUUGGUACUGAGUGGGAUCAGUUGGACAUGGUCUAUCAGUAUAAAUGGAACUUCUCAAAUCUGGAGGAAGCCUUUGAAGAAGGCGGAAAGUUAUAUGGAAAAAAAGUCUACCUUUUUGGCUGUACAGAACCACAAUUGGUCUCAUACCAAGGUCAAGCAAAAGUUACAUGCAUACCAGUUGUGGUUGCUGUGGUUUCACCUUUUCCACCUUCAGACAAAAUUGGAAUAAACUCUGUACAAAGGGAAGCUGAAGAAAUAGUGCCCAUGAAACAGAUGAAAAUGGAUUGGGUUCCAUACAUACCUUUGGAAAAUAGGGAUUCUCAGGUUGAAAGACUCAAAUCCCAAAUUUUUAUAUUGGGUUGUACCCAAAGAAGGGCUGGCCUAAAACAUUUGAAGUUGGAGCGUGUGAAGAAGUUUGAAUAUUGCCUACCCUAUUUCUACCAGCCUUUCAAGGAAGAUGAGCUUGAACAGAGCACUAUUGUGGAGAUUAUAUUUCCAGGAGAACCCAAACCUGUUUUCUGCGAGUUUGAUUGGGAAUUUGAUGAAGUUGAUGAAUUUACAGACAAACUUAUUGAAGAAGAGGAGUUGACGGAAGAUCAAAAAGAUGCCUUCAAGGACUUUAUUAAGGAAAAGGUCCGUGAAGCCAAAAAAGCUAACCGUGAGGCAAGGGAAGCCCGGAAAAAGGCAAUAGCAGAAAUGAGCGCAGAAAAAAAGGCUGCAUUUGAUGAUAUGAGAUUCUACAAGUUUUAUCCUGUGACCUCACCUGAUGCUCCUGAUGUAUCGAACGUGAAGUCUCUAUUCAUAAACAGAUACUACGGGAAGGCUCACGAAAUUUUGUGACAUACACCUCCAAGUAGGAAUUUAAUGGAGGAGAUAGAAUACCCAUUUUGUUCUAGAGUGUAAAACUGAUGACUCAUCAGUAGCCCAGAGCUGGCCAAGUGCAGUUCAAUUGAGCAUGUAUUCUAAAGUCUAGCUUCUAUUACAAUUUCAUAGCGUAUGUACUCCGUAGAGAGAGAGAGAGUAUGAAGAUGAGAAUUGAAUUAAAUUUUGUUUUCUUCUGGUCUCUAGAUUUGAUUACACAACAUUGAUGAAUGAUGAUGUUCUUAAGCUUAGUUUUAGGCCGGAUUCUGAAGGUGAGUAAGUUUUAUUUCUCAGCAUUCUGUAAUACUUUGUCAGAGAAUUUGUUAUUAUUCCUCAAUCCUCCUAAGGCUAAAGCUGUUGGCAGCAAUGUACUAUUAUUAACAUUGUACUAUUCUGGUGUUGCGCUGUUGUAAUACACAUUUUUCUUGUACUAUCUAUUCAGGAGUUCAAUGUGUAUUGUC